AUGGAGUCGCGUCGCAAUCUAUCGUCCUACCUUGUUACGCCGAAGGAGCUUGCCGAAGCUCUCAAGAAAAGCCCCCCUUCUCCUAUCAACUCAGAACCUCGAGUCGUUCCGGUGUGUGCAUCUUGGUUUCUCCCCAACGAUGAGCGCAAGGGUAUCGAUACGUUUAUCAAGCAGCGAAUUCCCAAGGCAAAGUUCUUCGACGUCGACAAGGUCAAGGAUAAGCACAGCGAGUACCCGCACAUGCUCCCCAGUGCCAAGGAGUUUGCUGCCGCCAUGAGCGAGCUCGGAAUCAGGAAAGAGGAUACUGUUGUGGUGUACGACUCGAAGGAGCAAGGCAUUUUUAGUGCGCCGAGGGUAGGCUGGACACUCAGGGUUUUCGGACACGCCAAUGUUCACAUUCUGAACAACUUCAAGCUCUGGGUUGAGGAGGGUUUCCCGACAGAAUCCGGUGAGCUGUACAGUGUCGAGUGCAGCGCGUAUCCGAUUCCCAAGCUGAGCCCGGAUGAUAAAGUUGCUAGCUUCGAGGAGGUGGUGGAGAUAGCAAAGGACUCCAACAAGGAGGGCUCUGAGGGUGUGCAAAUAUUGGAUGCCAGAGGAGCAGGCAGGUUUACGGGUGCCGCACCUGAGCCGAGGGCAGGACUGUCUUCCGGCCACAUGCCCGGUGCUAUUAACAUUCCUUUCGACGCCGUACUUGACCCCAAGACUAAGGCUUUCCUGCCCAAGGAACAGUUGAGGAAGUUGUUUGAAGAGAAGGGCGUAGACCCUGAGAAGCCUAUCAUCACAAGCUGCGGCACAGGUGUUACCGCUGUGGUGAUUGAGACUGCCCUGGAGGAGGCUGGCUACGGUUCUUCCGACAAGAGAAGGGUGUAUGAUGGUAGUUGGACCGAGUGGGCCCAGAGAGUCAGGCCCUCGGACAACUUGAUUAUCAAGGACGUCGAGUAAUGGGGGAAAAAAAAAAAAGGAAUUUCAUGGAGACGGAGGUAGUUGACAGUGAGCAGAAGCAAGGACAGAAGCGGAAGCUGGUUGAUGCAAUGAUGUGAUACCCUCCUUUCUUGAGUUUUCUGGGGAGUUAUUAUGAUUAAGCAGCAUCUUUUAUUGCGCGCGUUUUUGCAUGAUGGGAUUUGGACGUUUUCUUCGCAACUCUCCAUGGAGGCGUACAGGGUUCAGAUUGUCGAGACCGGGUGGUGAUGUCCCGGCUAGGGCUGUUUAUAAAAGUCGUACCAUAAUGAUAGAAACCGGAGCGAGUCGAGUCUCUGAUACAAAUGCGUGAAUGGAACUGAGCCGAAAUAAAACUCUCCUGGGACCUUGGCGCGUGCGCAGUUGUCGAGUUAAGAAUGCCUGUGUAUGAGAUAUGCCUUCACAAACAUUUC